AUGAUAAGUGAUGUUAAACUUAUAGAUUCAUUUCAGGGACGACCAGGAAAACUUACUACUGUACAUCCUUUGAGACUUAAGGAUGAAAAUAAUCUUGCUACACUUAAGAUGGAAAGAUCUAAAACGACUGUUGAGUUGCAAGAAAGAUUAGCAACUGUUGAGGAACAAUUAGACACAUCUGAAAAACAUAUUACAAUUGUUAAAGCACAACUUCAAGAGUCCCUUGAUAAUCAAAUACGACUGGAAGAAAUGCUAGAAAUAAAGAAUAAAGAGUUGGAAAAGGCAGUAGAAGAAAAACAAGAGGCAUGUAAAGCUUAUAGAGAACUUGAAAAAGAAAUAGAACGUGAACGAGCAAAUAUAUCUUUAGAAAAGCAAGAAUGGAAAAAUAGGGAAGAUGUUUUAUGUCAAUCUAUUAGAAUUUUAAAAGAAAAAUCACAAAAAUAUCGUCAAAGUCUUUCAAAAAUGAACACAAAUGAUGAUCAACAGCUUAAAUCUUUGCACUCUAAAGAUAGCAUUACUUUAAGAAUUGCUAUUCAGAAAAAGGAUACAUUAAUAGAAUCUAUGAAGACUGAGAUUAGUGAACUACAGACUCGACUUGAGGAUAUUGAAUAUCAAAAUAAACAAUGUUUGCAAGAAAUACAGAAUCAACUUAGCGAAGUUCAAGAAGCAAAUGUUAGACUUGUAGAAGAUAAUGAAAAUUAUCAAAUUCUAUUGUCUGAAAAGAUGCAUUGUGAACUUAAUCAAAUAAAUUUGAAAAAUACUUUUUCAAGUUCAGGUAGUAAAACAACUAAGAAUUGUAAUUUGGCAUUAGAAUUGAGUUCUGCUGAACAGAAUGAACUGUGUUCAAAUACCGAUGAAUUGAAUCAGUUUAUCAAAUCUUUGAAAAAUGAAAUUCAGACUUUAGAAGAAACAAAUAAUGUUAUGAGUCUUUAUAUUUCAUCAAUUAUAGAAAAACUUAUGGAUAAUAAAGAAUAUGAGCAGAUUUUAUCUAAAGAUGAGUCUAAAUUACAUUCAAUUAAUCAAAAAACAAACGUAGAAACCUUAGAUUCUUACAUUUCUGACCCACCUAUCAACAAUCAAAAAAGCAAAUUUUCAAAUAUAAUUCGGCUAUUUUUACGUGAGCCAAGUUUUAGAAAAGCAUUUAGUGUUCUAAACUCUACUAAUCCUGUUAAUCAUGUGCGUAAAGUUGUAUCAUCUGAUUCUUUGCAUUCGAAUGCAAAUAAAAAAAAUAGUUGCGUAGAAAAUAUUGCAUACCAAAAACUUAAUUUAUUAUAUCCAAUUAAAAAUAAUUCAUCUUCUAAUAAUCUUAGUAUUUAUGUGGAUAAUAUGAAUAGUAGCAAUAAAAAAGAACAUAAAUGGACUUAUGAUGUUAAAUUAAAGACUAAUCUAAAUUUUCAAGAAAAAUUUAAUAGCUGGACAGAUUGGUUUAAAAAAACAGAAAAGUAUAUUUAUAAAAAAUAA